ACAAUAAUAUUAGCAUUUCUUAGCAAGUAAAAUGGCUGGCCACUUUCUUGUAAUGUGUUUACUUGCCGUUGUCUGCACCUUCGUCACAGCCUUCGAACCUAGUCCGCUCCAAGAUUUCUGUGUUGCCGAUACUUCUAGCUCAGCAAGAGUGAAUGGACUAACAUGCCUAGACCCGAAGAUAGUGCAAGCCGACCAUUUUUCAUUCUCCGGACUACAUCUAGCAGGCAACACAUCGAACCCUCUCGGCUCGAGGGUGACCCCUAUAACUGUGGCACAAGUACCAGGACUAAAUACAUUAGGCCUCUCACUGGCGCGCCUUGACUACGCACCAUGGGGCCUAAUCCCACCCCAUAUGCACCCACGAGCAACUGAAAUUCUUACAGUAACCGAAGGCAGCCUAUUGGUCGGGUUUGUGACAUCUAACCCUGAAAACAGACUCAUUACAAAAGUACUUAACAAGGGUGAUGUGUUUGUGUUUCCCAUUGGACUUGUCCAUUUCCAGAGAAAUGUUGGGUACGGAACUGCGGUUUCUAUCUCGGGUUUGAGCAGUCAGAAUCCUGGUGUUAUUACGGUUGCUAAUGCUGUUUUUGGAUCUACUCCAAAUGUUGCUGAGGAUAUUCUUUCUAAGGCUUUUCAAGUUGACAAGUCUGUCAUUGGACAACUUCAAGCAAGCUUUUAGAUGUUCUUUUUUGUUUUUUUUUCCUAUCUAAUUGUCUUGAGUUAAGGGUUACCUUAUGUUAUAUGUUUACUUGAUAGAGUUGCUUCUGUAGUUUGAUUUGGAUUGAAUCAGAAUAUAUGAAGAAGUAGAUGGUUGAAUUA